AUGGAGGGUCAGGGUGAAAAUGAUGAGCUCUACCCUAUCGCCGUUCUUAUCGAUGAGUUGAAGCAUGACGACGUCCUCCUCCGUCUCAAUGCUAUCCACCGUCUUUCCACUAUUGCCUUGGCCUUAGGGCCCGAGAGGACUCGCGACGAGCUCAUUCCAUUCCUUGAUGACUCUGUCGAGGAUGAAGAUGAAGUUUUGACCGCACUAAGUGAAGAGCUGGGCAACUUUAUAGAGUACAUCGGUGGCUCCGAGUAUGGGCACGUGCUCCUCUCCCCCUUGGAGAACCUGGCGGCCAUUGAGGAGACCGUGGUCAGAGAGAAGGCCGUAGAGUCCCUCAAUAAGAUUGGCGAGCAGCUGUCUCAAAAGCAGAUCGAAGAGUACUUCGUUCCCAUGGUCCUACGACUUUCGAAAGCCGACUGGUUCACUUCGAAGGUCUCUGCCACCGGUCUAUAUUGUGCUCCAUACAAGAAGGCCCCCCAGCCACUGCAGCAGAGUCUUCGCCAGUAUUUCGGAGGAUUGGUACACGAUGAAACGCCUAUGGUGAGAAGACAGGCAGCAAACAACCUCGCAAAGUUCGUCAAGGAAUUAAACACGCAAGUUGUGAUUGACGAAAUGAUACCCCUGUUUCAAUACCUGGCCAACGACGACCAAGAUAGUGUGCGUUUGCUGACGGUGGACAUUCUUAUUGCGAUCGCCGAGGAAAUCCCCAAGGAACAGCAACCUAGUCAUGGCGUCUUGUUGACUUCCUUGCGGAACCUAUUUGAGGAUAAGAGCUGGAGGGUGAGGUAUAUGGUUGCCGACAGAUACGAAAAAAUCGCUAAAGCUGUGCACGAAGAAGUUGUGACUCGGGAUAUGGUGCCCUCCUUUGUUAAACUCCUCAAAGAUACUGAAGCUGAAGUCCGUACGGCAAUUUCUGGCCAGAUACCAGGCUUCUGUAGCUUAAUUGACCGCGAGACCCUCCUCAACGAGAUCAUGACCAGUGUCGAGGAUCUUGUCUCGGACCCUUCUCAACAUGUCCGUGCGGCUUUGGGCACUCAAAUCAGCGGCCUGGCACCGAUCCUUGGGAAGGAAGAGACCAUUGCUCAUCUCCUUCCAAUGUUCCUUCAAAUGCUCAAGGACGAGUUCCCAGAUGUGCGUCUGCAUAUUAUUUCCAAGUUGGAACUGGUCAACAAGGUUAUUGGCAUUGAACUCCUCUCUCAGUCUCUUCUCCCCGCCAUCGUCCAGCUGGCUGAAGACAAGCAAUGGCGGGUUCGUCUCGCUAUUAUUGAAUAUAUUCCUCUUCUAGCCAGCCAGCUGGGAGUCAAAUUUUUCGACGAACAGCUUAGUGACUUAUGCAUGGGGUGGCUUGGCGAUACCGUCUUUUCUAUCAGAGAAGCCGCGACUCAGAACCUGAGGAAGCUUACGGAGGUAUUUGGUGUCGACUGGGCCAAAGGCUCUAUAAUUCCCAAGGUCAUGGCUAUGGGACAGCAUCCCAACUAUCUGUACAGGAUGACAACGUGCUUCGCUAUUUCGACCCUUGCGCCGGUUGUAUCUCUGGACAUUAUUGAAAACUCCAUUCUCCCCAUUAUGGACAGACUCGUGGCAGAUGAAAUCCCGAACAUUCGUUUCAAUGUGGCCAAGUCGUAUGCCGUAUUGAUCGACACAAUGCGCAGACUACCGUCGGAGGGAACUCUCGCAGACCUGGAGAAGUCUGGUAAAACUGCGACCCCAUCACCACGGGGUCAGGAUCUCAUCCAGCAGCGGGUCAUCCCUAGCUUAGAGAAACUGCAACAGGAUGAGGAUGUUGAUGUUCGGUACUUUGCAACGACUGCCGCGGGCGGCCACGAGGAGGUUAUGCAGACUUCACCGUAG